GAGGAGACCAAGCGCAACCGGGCCCUCAGCGAGAAACGACGCCUGGAGCAGGAGGCCCUGCCCCGGCCUGCCCCGACACCCCCCGAAUCCACCAACCCCUUCGAGGAGGAUGAAGAGGAGGAGGAGGAGCCCUCUGCUGAGGAGGAGUUGGUCGACCUCUCACUUGAGUGGAUCCAGGAGCUGCCAGAGGACUUGGACGUCUGCAUCGCUCAGCGGGACUUCGAGGGAGCGGUGGACCUCGCGCUGGGCGGCGGCCGGCGAGCCACCCGCAGAGCUGUGUCCCAGCUCAUUCGCUUGGGCCAGUCCACCAAGGCGUGUGAGCUCUUCCUGAAGAACCGGGCGGCCGCGGUGCAGACAGCCAUCCGACAGCUGCGCAUCGAGGGCGCCACGCUGCUCUACAUCCACAAGCUCUGCCAUGUCUUCUUCACCAGCCUUCUAGAGACGGCGAGAGAGUUUGAGACAGACUUCGCUGGUAACAACGGCUGCUACUCGGCCUUUGUAUUUGAUAGUAAAGAGAGCUUGUCGACUGCGGCAGAGUGCGUCAAGGUAGCUAAAGAGCACUGCAAGCAGCUUAGCGAGAUUGGACUGGAUCUCACCUUCAUCAUUCAUGCCCUUCUGGUAAAGGAUAUCAAAGGUGCUUUACAGAGCUACAAGGAUAUCAUCAUUGAGGCCACUAAGCACCGCAACUCUGAGGAGAUGUGGAGAAGGAUGAACCUAAUGACUCCAGAGGCACUGGGGAAACUCAGGGAGGAGAUGAGGAGCUGCGGGGUAGGCAAUUUUGACCAAUACACGGGUGAUGACUGCUGGGUCAACCUUAGCUAUACUGUGGUAGCCUUCACUAAGCAGACUAUGGCCUUCUUGGAGGAAGCGUUAAAGCUUUACUUUCCAGAGCUGCAUAUGGUUCUUCUGGAGAGUCUUGUGGAAAUCAUCCUGGUGGCUGUCCAGCAUGUUGAUUACAGUUUACGGUGUGAACAGGACCCUGAGAAGAAGGCAUUCAUUAGGCAGAAUGCAUCCUUCCUGUAUGAAACUGUCCUUCCUGUUGUGGAAAAAAGGUUUGAGGAAGGAGUUGGAAAGCCAGCCAAGCAGCUACAGGAUCUGAGAAAUGCUUCAAGAUUGAUGCGUGUAAACCCGGAAAGUACCACCUCUGUGGUGUGAAGUGACCUAACUGUUCUUAUGAACAGAGUGUGAAAGCACUUACUGAAAAUGUUGUACAUUGAAUAUAUGAACUAAAUGGUUUUUUUGAGUCCCUGAAAAACGCAGAAGUCUAACUGCUGCAUUCCGGAAGCUGAGGACUUACAAUCAAAGCCUGCAAGGAUGCAACGCUUUUCUUGGUGGAUGGCACGUAGGGGAGCGAGAAGUAAGGUCGAGGUCACAUGUCCUUGGACAGCAUAUCCUGUAAGAAUGGCUUGUGUAGUGUAAGUGGCUUGGGAAAUACUAUAAUAUACAAUUUUUGGCCAAAUGUUUGUGAAAGUC